UGAGCAUCGACCGUGAACGUUGACGAGGAAUAAAUGCAGCGCUGAAGCCCUUCCAACUUAAGUCGAAAACGCUGCGCCAGAGUGAAGCUAAAUUGUCGAACAACAAAACAACAUAGCUCUACUCGCGUGAACAGCAAAACGCAGAAAGCAAAACAAUUAAAUAAUUUUCAUUGAAUAACUGUUCCGCAGCGAAGUUGCAGGACAGCCAUUAGGGAGGACGAGAAAAGAAUUACAGCGUGAAACUUGCUAAAAAUACGAGCAGCCACAUCAAAUCGGUCCAUCAGCAGUGCCUGUCAUUCGCUAACGGCAUCAUCAUCACGGCAAAAAAAAAAAAACAAUACCGAACUUCARCCAAGAACAACAAACAAACAAGCGAACCAACGAAAGCGCGUCGUCAGCAGCAGUAAUAACGCUUGACACUGCUUGCCGCUCUGCUCUCUGCAGCUUUACGAAGCGACACGGAUGCGUGCAAAAUUGUUCGAGUGCUUCGUAUUGAUUUAACGUUGUUUGCUAAACGUAAAGCACACAGAAAUACAAAUAAAACAAAAGAAGCGCAUAAGUAGAAAGUUAUAAUUAAUAUAAUAAUGAUACAACAAAUACAACCAGCAACUUUAAUGCAGUAGAAAAGUGCUCUCAAUACAAAAAAAAAAAACACAACUAAAGUUUCUCUCUCGUGUUUUUUGAGAGACAAAAGUAAUAACAACGAAUAGCACAUCAUCAGCUGAGUCGUGAAAGAACGUGGCGUAGAAACGGAAAUCGAGACUAUAAUUCAAAAAAUAAAACAAAAAGCAACAAAUUAAAGACGCGACUUUCGCUGUCAUUCUGCUGAUACUCAACAGACCCGUUAAACAAAUAAAAGUAGCACAAAAUGCCGCCAAACACGAAUACGAACACCGAAGAGCAGCUGCCGGAAGAGUCGACGCAAAGUCUGGAACCGGCCGAUCAGAAAGUGGAAGAGACCACGCAGCGUGAGGUGUUCCGUGAGCUAGCGCAAAAACAGGCGGAACAACAGCAGGCGGAAAGUCAAAAAAUGUUCACCACUUUGACACCCAAAACCACAACAGAGGCUGAAGAGGAACCAACCACAACAACUGCGUCUACCAUCCAGAAAAUCGGACAUGCCGGCGAAGUGGUCACCGAAGUGAUUGCCGAGAAGACCGGUCUGCCCACAUGGGGCGUGGUGGCAAUUAUCAUACUGGUAUUCCUCGUCGUCUUUGGUAUACUCUUCUUUUGUGUACGUCGUUUCUUAAAGAAGCGACGAACCAAAGAUGGUAAGGGUAAGAAGGGUGUCGAUAUGAAAUCGGUACAAUUAUUAGGAUCGGCGUAUAAAGAGAAAGUUCAGCCUGAUAUGGAGGAACUCACCGAAAAUGCUGAAGAAGGCGAUGAGGAGGAUAAACAAAGCGAGCAAAAAUUAGGAAGACUGAAUUUUAAGCUCGAAUAUGACUUCAACUCGAACAGCUUAGCGGUCACCGUUAUACAAGCCGAAGAAUUGCCCGCGCUUGAUAUGGGCGGCACAUCAGAUCCUUACGUUAAGGUAUAUUUGCUACCCGACAAGAAGAAGAAAUUCGAAACCAAAGUGCAUCGCAAAACACUAAACCCGGUCUUCAAUGAAACCUUCACAUUUAAGAGCUUGCCCUAUGCCGAUGCCAUGAACAAGACGCUCGUAUUUGCCAUAUUCGAUUUCGAUCGUUUCUCUAAGCAUGACCAAAUCGGCGAAGUGAAGGUGCCACUUUGUACUAUUGACUUGGCGCAAACUAUCGAGGAAUGGCGAGACUUGGUCAGCGUUGAAGGUGAAGGCGGACAGGAAAAGCUUGGAGACAUCUGCUUCUCACUGCGUUACGUUCCCACUGCUGGCAAGCUAACUGUGGUCAUCUUGGAAGCAAAGAACUUGAAGAAGAUGGACGUCGGCGGAUUGUCUGAUCCAUAUGUGAAAAUUGCAAUCAUGCAAAAUGGAAAACGUUUGAAAAAGAAGAAGACAAGUAUCAAAAAAUGCACCCUCAACCCUUACUAUAAUGAGUCGUUCUCAUUUGAAGUACCAUUUGAACAAAUACAAAAAAUCUGUCUCGUCGUUACUGUUGUGGAUUACGAUCGUAUCGGUACAUCUGAGCCGAUUGGACGCUGCAUACUCGGCUGUAUGGCUACCGGCACCGAAUUGAGGCAUUGGUCCGAUAUGUUGGCCUCACCACGACGACCGAUUGCCCAAUGGCACACAUUGAAGGAUCCCGAGGAAACCGAUGAAAUACUGAAGAAUAUGAAGUAAAGUGACGGAGGCGGUUUAUGUAGAAAGUACUAAGUAGGAGGUGUGAAGAAUGUGAGACGUGAAGAUCAAGUUGUUCAUCAAUACAAUGAAUUCAUGUAGUAAACGCAAAAUAAAUCAACUAACAUAUUUACAUACUCACUAUGUAAUAGUUACCCGAACCGUACCGUACCGCAAAUGAAUGCUAGAGAUGAUAGUCUAACAUAACAAAUAUAAAUUAAAAUGCCGUCAACAACAAGAAAAAACAACAGCAA